AUGGAUCCCCCAAGCCCCAAGCCUGAGACCAACCAGUCUGACACUGAGCGCCAGGUCGAAACCCCAAUCGACCAAGGCCAAAAAGAGAUCCAUUCCUCCGAUGUCGAGCAGAGCGACAACAACGAAGGCAAAACGAAGAUCGAAGUUGAAGCAGAAAGUGACCAGACUCACAACUUGUCUGUCCUCCAAGGCCGUUUCCCUCAACGCGUACACACCUACACCGUAGUCAGAGUUGGCGGUUGUAAGCCUAUCGUGGUUCAAGGUGAUCUAUCUGAAGAGCAUCACUCCGAGUCAGGCUCCUAUCCAGCCCCCAAGCUGCGUAAAAUCAAGUCCGAGGAUGAGGAGGGUUAUUUUGCUCCAGGAGGGUUGGAAAGUGAUGACGAUUCUGGUACCUUUCGGUCUACGUUCACUAAGGAGAGCUUUGGUUUCUCUAUCGGAGCGCCUGGAUGGAAGAAAGCACCUCGUUAG